CAUGCCGAAGACCAAGCACAACACGACCUAAGCACCAACCAUGAAGUUUCUCGUAGUAGCAGUCCUACUUGGAGUGGCAGCCGCCUUCGAUGACGAUGACAAAAUCGUCGGAGGGUACACCUGCGCCAAAAACUCCAUCCCUUACCAGGCCUCUCUGAACUCCGGAUACCAUUUCUGUGGCGGGACCCUGAUCAACAACUUAUGGGUGGUCUCUGCUGCUCACUGCUACAAGUCGAGCAUCCAAGUUCGUCUGGGAGAGCAUAACAUUGCCCAAAAUGAAGGUACUGAGCAAUUUAUUAACUCCGCCAAAGUCAUCAGACAUGGAAGCUACAGCUCCAGAACCCUGGACAAUGACAUCAUGUUGAUCAAGCUGGCCACUCCCGCUGCAAUCAACUCCUACGUCAAGCCUGUUGGUCUGCCCACCGGUUGUUUACCUGCUGGCACCAGCUGUCUGAUCUCCGGAUGGGGCAACACCCUCAGCAGUGGAACCAACAUGCCUUCCCAGCUGCAGUGCCUGGACGCCCCCAUCCUGACCACUGCCCAGUGUACCAAUGCCUACCCCGGAGAGAUCACCGGCAACAUGAUCUGUGUUGGAUACCUGGAAGGUGGCAAGGAUUCCUGCCAGGGUGACUCCGGUGGACCCGUGGUCUGCAAUGGACAGCUCCAGGGUGUUGUCUCCUGGGGAUAUGGCUGUGCCCUCAGGAACUAUCCUGGUGUCUACACCAAGGUCUGCAACUACAACUCCUGGAUCUCCAGCACAGUUGCCGCCAACUAGACCCUUCAUAAAUCUAUGCUCUAGGCACAUGUAGCCAAUUACAUUAAUAAACGUGCA